UUUCUGCAUACCAUGCUCUUGCUAGACUUUACUUUGUGCUCAACAGAGUCGCUGUCUCCGAUCUCUCUUCAACCCGUGCACCUGGUGUCGUACUGGAAAGCCUUGCCCCGCCAGAUUAUAUUAAGAGGCAGUCCGACCGCCCCAAGAGAAUGAGUGGCGAUUUACAGUCAUGGGCGCUGCCACGCCUUCAGCGACUUCUUCCCAUCGACGACGAAUCGCUCAAGGAGGUCAUCACAUAUUCAACAACCCUACCGAAACAAGACUCUGCUAAUCAUCUCAAAAACCUGCUGGGAGAUUCGCCGCAAGCACUGGAAUUCAUUUCAUCCUUCAAUUCGAGGCGAAGUAACGUCAUCCAAGAUCCCAAACCUCAACCAUCAGCGCCCGGUGUUGAUGAGGGUGGCUCCACUGGUCCAAGAAAGAGGGCGCCGAAGAAGUCAAAGGCUCCUCUCCACUCCACGGGUCCUGCACGUGUGCCUGAAGGCUAUGGAAACGUGGCUGGCGGUUAUACGAAACAUUACGAGACGGACGGCUACGCUCCAACUGGUUCACGACCUGUGUCUCGAGACCACAACCAGUUCUCCCUUUCGCAGACACCUGAUGCCCUUCAAGUUCCUCAGACUACCAAUGGAGGUGGAUCUUCCGCGACUUCACGAGAAGCAUCCCCUGUUAAGAAGGCACAAAAGCUACCACCUUCCGCCUCCGGCAACCUGAUAUCUGAUUUUGGGUUCGCCAAUGUCCGCUCGAAGCAAGCAAAAAAGCCAGCUCAUUCUCCGCAUUCACAGGCACAGUCUGGGGCCUCCACUCCACAGAAGGGAAAUUCUACAACCACCUCGAGUGUGGCCGACCUUACGGCAGCCAUCGCAGCGUUAGAGCUCUCCACAAACCCAGCACUGUCGAAAGAGAGGCGGAAGUGUCCAUGCAAUGCUUCAAUACAUCCGCUGUUUGAAACAGCGCCGAACUGCUUGAACUGUGGAAAGAUCAUAUGUGCUCUUGAGGGCCUCCAGCCAUGCUCGUUCUGUGACGCACCGAUUUUGACGAAGGAACAAGUCAACAGCAUGAUCAAGGCCCUGAAAGAGGAACGUGGCAUUGAGAAAAUGGUUGUGCACAAUGUUGGUCAGUCACAUUCAGGUAGAGGAACGCCAGUCUUUGGUGGCUCGACACCUGAAGCACUCUCUGGAGACGAAUCCUCGUCGGCUGCAACACGAGCCCGUGCGCAUCGUGACAAGCUGUUAGCGUUCCAGCGGGAGAAUGCUCAGCGGACGAAAGUGCACGAUGAAGCAGCUGACUACGAUGUAAGCCUUGCUCCCGGCACUACACAAUGGAUGACUCCUGUACAAAGAGCGGCAGCAUUGAAGAUGCAACAACAGUAUAUACGGGAGAUGGAGGAGGCCGAUCGCCCGGAGUGGGAAAAGAAGAAGACUGUGAUGAGUAUGAGCAUCAAGAAUGGCAAGUUGGUCAAGACUUUUGAACGGCAGAAGGCGCCGGCGACGGCAGACAAACCGGACACAUCUGAGGUUGCCGAUGAUGAGGAAGAUGAAGCUACUGAUCAGCACCUGAGUGUUGGAGGCAAAGGCGCUUUUAGCAACAACCCUCUCCUUGCUACUGGGAAGCUUGUUCGUCCGGUAUGGAAGGCACCUGAGGGUACUGACAAGGGCAAGAGUCGUGAAGUUGAGAGAAAGAGUGUUUGGCGGCGAGUUCAGGAUGAUAAUGAGGAUAACGAGCAAUGGAUACUUGACGGUGGGCUACAUGGCUAUGGCACGGAGACGAGAUUGAUGGAAGAUGGAAGCCAGCAAGAAUGUGGUUAGAUGAUAAAUAUGCUCGUAUCAUCUAUUGUAUCCCUGAUGCAUGACGAGUGCCGACUACGAUAUGGGCAAUUGAUGAAUGCGAUUGUCGACCACGUGGUGGCAAAGGGUAGAUCCUGGUCAAAUACGAGCCAUGAGCGCC